AAUAUUCCAUCCGAGGAACAUUUCAAGACCAUGGCAGAAAGAUUGUUAUUGGUUGUGAAGGAUUUUGUUAGUAUGAAAGGUGACAUCACAGAGGGUGACAAGAAGGAAAUGAAAGUCAUGAUAUCAAAUUUGCAGAAAGAGCUUCAGGAGAAAGACAUUCAAAGAGAGGGGAUUUGCAUGGAGCUAGUUAGUCAAAUUAAGGAAGCAGAAGCGGCUGUAACAAGCUACUCGCUAGAUCUGCAAUCUUCAAGAACUCGCAUCCAUGAUUUGGAAAAACAGGUAGAUGGGAUGGAUGAGGAGCGGAAAUUGUUGGAGCAGAAAGUAAAGGAACUUCAAGAUGGGCAAGCCAUAUCAGCAGAUUUACAGGAGAGGGUCAGAUCGCUGACUGAUGUGCUUGCUGCAAAAGAGCAAGAAAUUGAAUCCCUGAUGCAAGCGCUUGAUGAGGAAGAGGUCCAAAUGGAAGAUUUAACUAGCAGAACAAAAGAACUGGAAAAGAUUUUGCAGCAGAAGAAUUUGGACAUUGAGAACCUUGAAGCUUCUCGUGGAAAGGCUCUGAAAAAGCUUUCCAUCACGGUGAACAAGUUUGAUGAGCUCCACCAUUUCUCUGAAAGUCUCCUUGCCGAGGUUGAAAAGCUUCAAUCACAAAUGCAAGAACGUGAUGCUGAGAUAUCUUUCUUAAGGCAAGAGGUAACUAGGUGCACCAACGAAGUUCUUGUUGCAUCUCAGAUGACCAGCAAGAGAAAUUCAGAUGACAUCCAUGAAUUGUUGAUGUGGUUAGACACGUUGGUUUCUCAAGUUGGGAUGCAAGGGGUGAAUCUUGAUGAUAGCAGCACGACACAAGAGCACAAGGAAUUGCUUCAGAAGAAGAUUAUUCAUAUUAUAUCUAAAUUGGAGGAUGCACAGGUGGUUGCUCAAAGCAGGGACACAUCAUUGCAAAUGGAAAAGAAUAAGGUAGAGGAGUUAACAAGUCGAGUAGAAACUCUUGAGAGCGCUUUACGUGAGAAAGAAUCCCAAUUAAAUAUGCUUGAAGGGGUUGAAGAUUUGGGACAGCCAACUAAUUCAGCCUCUGAAAUUGUGGAAGUUGAACCCGUGAUAAACAAAUGGGUAGCCCCUGGGCCCUCCAGCUCUUCUCAAGUUCGCAAUUUGCGCAAAGCCAAUAAUGAUCAAGUUGCUAUUGCUAUAGAUGCGGAUCCUGUUGGCAAUAAUAGGUUAGAGGAUGAAGAUGAUGAUAAAGGUAGUCCUAGAAGAUGUUUUAUUAUUGUGAAUGAAAUUCAGAUUACUGGCAAGUGA